AUGUCAAACAAGGUGUCAAUCGUGCCGGGAGAAUACAGAGUGAUGCCUCGUGGCGGCGAUGUAGAUAUGCACUGCUUCAUCCCAGCCAAGAGAACGGACCGGCGCCGCUUCCCACCAGCAUUCUGGGACAACCUCUCCCAAGUCCAUCUUACACCACGCGCCCUGAAAGAGCACGACCGCCGAAACAAGACGCAUGCUUCAUCCAAGCGCAAGGCCCCCGGCGAUUCCUUUCACAAUAUUGCCAAGUUUGCCAGACACGGCGGCCCAGACCUUGGGGACAUACGUGGUUAUUCCCGCCAGCGAGCCAGCACUCGUGCAACGAGCCCCGAUGGCCGACCGGGUCUAUCCCGCCGGUCUGUGGCUGGAAUGACUGAAACUGACGACAGCGGCCCGCCUUCGCCUUACGAUCACAACUUCGGGCAACACCUGAUCGACAAUAACAUCUGGGUUUCCUGCUGUUGGGCUCAUCUAUACUGGAGGCCAAGAAACUACGAAGAUCUCAGGCUCCUGAUGCCGGCAAGAGAGAAGUCCCAGGUCCCGUUUGACCAAUUUUCAAGGAGGAACGAGAAUUUCGUGGAAUGGGAGUAUCAGAACUGGCACGAUGAGAUGAAAUCGGAACGAGACGUGAUGAUCGAAAUCAUCCCCAAGAUCGCCGGCCCCGAUCAUCCUCUCCCGAAAAACCGCAACGUCUAUUUCAGCAACAUGGACGCCAUGACCGACCUAAAGGUCCGCCCGGCACCCAUCUUCUACGACGGGGCCAGCUACAAGGACCUCCACCCAUCCGUCCUGAGCGACCUCGACAGCCUGAUCGUGCCCUCCAAAACUAGAGCCCACCCGGUGGCCCCCAACCUCUUCCUCGAGGCGAAGCCGCUCUGGCGCGGCACCGGCAUCGCCGUGCGCAAGGCCUGCCUCGACGGCGCGUACGGCGCCCGCGCGAUGCACGCGCUGCAGAACUACAACAGAGAGGUGCCGGUGUAUGACGGCAACGCCUACGCCUAUAGCUUCGUGUAUAACCCCAUCAACGCCGCGCUCAAGAUCUACGCCCACUACAUUACGGCGCCGAGGACUCCAGGUGGGCGACCGCACUAUCAUAUGAAGAAGAUCAAGGGGUUCUGGAUGACCAUGGAUGUCGAGACAUUCAUCAACGGGGCGCUUGCAUUCAGGGAAAUCAGGAAAUUGGCCAAAGCUCAUCGUGACCGCUUCAUCGAAGAGGCAAACGACAGAGCGUCGGAGUUGACUGCCAUCGGGUCAGAGCAUGUAGGGUCUUGA